UAAACGAGAAUCUUCUCGAGAACAGGAAACAAUCCAGCGAUGGCCGCAUGUUCAAAGUCUAGAGGCCCAGCGUUUUGGCGCCAUCCUGGCUCAGCAGGUGGCACCGUCACCUCGAGCUCAGCAUAGCGUAUUGGAAGGUGCUUGCGUCUCCUAAUGCCCACUGCGUUCAGAAUAAACAGACCGCGUAGUUACUCCAAAAAGAUCUCCACCGUAACAUUCGUCCCAAGUUUGAUGUUUAAGUGGGUCGCCAAGCCUAUCUGCUUAGUGAUCAUAGUUUCAAUGGGGUCGAAGGAAGACGAAGGAAGUGGAUGAUGGGCAGGGACUUGCUUUUCAGCCACAGACCAACGCCACAGCUAGUGUUAUAAAGAGGGUGCGCUACGCGUCGUGGAGAAACCGUACAGAUACAUCCCCACUCGACUAAUCAAGCACCAUGGCCGAUAAACAGGUUGUCGCUAUCGCAGGCGCCUCAGACACCGCGAAAUACCUCGUCGAAGAACUCGAGAAAACAAACCGGUAUUCUAUCGUCCUCAUCACCAGAGCCGAACGACCCUGGUUCAACCGCCCCUCCAUCACCCAACAUAUAACAGACUACACCGAAUCCUCCCUCCUCUCCAUCCUCAACACAACCCACGCAACCAUCCUCUUCUCCUUCCUGCAUUCCAACGACCCGUCGUUCUACAACACCGCCCACCUUGCCAUGCUUCGCGCCUGCUCGCUCUCUUCCGACUGCACUCGAUUCGUGCCGUCAGAGUACGGUGGAGACCUGAUCAACCAUCCCGAUAAACCUCGAUUUUAUAUCCCCACGCACGGCGCCCUGCGUCGAGCGCUCCGCAAGCAUAAGCAACUCCAUCGCGAUGACGAGUCGAAGGAGGUUGAGUGGACGUUGAUGUGCAUGGGAUGGUUCAUGGAUUAUUUUGGCGAGACCGAAAAGCGAUAUUAUAAGGACAUGCCGGAUGGAUUCUGGCCACUCGAUACCAAGAACUGGAAGGCCGUUAUUCCGGGGACGGGAGAGGAGAGGAUUGGAUGGACGGCAGGGAGGGAUGUGGCCAAGGCUUUGGUCAGGCUGAUCGAAGUUCCGAGGGGUGAGUGGCCUGAAGAGACGUAUGUGAUGGGCACGGAGGGAACGUGGAAUGAGGCUUUGGGAUGGGUGCAGAAUUUUCAUGGUAGGAAGUUCGAGUCGGUCGAGUAUCGGACGCCAGCGCAGAUAUAUCGCGAGAUCGCGGACUGCUAUGCCGAGCCAGAGGAACAAGUCACGCUCGCGAGGGCGGAUUGAUCAUUUGCAUUUGCGCUAUGAGAUGAAUAUUUUCGCUCUCGAAUCGUCAAUCCGUUCGGGGCUGCGAGAUGAUACGUGCAAGACCAGUCAGAACCGGUUGUCUUCAAAUAUUAUUUGCGCAUAAUCAUCACAGCGGCCACAACUAAGUGUUCCACACGUUGCUUGACCAUGAAGGUGAUACCCUGGCUCAAAAAUCCCUUUGCAAUCUGGGCCUCCAAACCUUGAUACAUUCCUCCCGGAAAUCCACCCUGCCUUCGGUAAGCAUCAUACAGCACCCGCCUAGUACUUACACGAGUCGCUCGCGACGGGUUAUCCUUUGCGAGUUGGACCCUGGUCUUCGCGAGGAUGAGAGGGUACAGUAUUGAGACGGCUAUCGAGUUGGCGACGGCGGCUCCAAGAAAUGCAUGAAGAGCGGGAGGUUUAUUACGCUGCUCGCCUCGGAGAAAGACUUGGCGAUAAAGCUGGAAGAAGGCAAAGGUGAUAGAUGGAUUGAGCGACAGUAGAACAGUCGUAUCGAAACCUUUCCAAAACCCGGCCAGACCGCGUUGCUCGUAUAUGGUCCUCAUAAUCCCAAGCAGACCCUUUCUUUUAUUCACGCUUUUCUCCACGUCCCUACCUUUGCCUUGCUCAACCUUCUCCUCGACUUCUUCAACCUCAUCGUCGCUUCCUUCCCUCUCCAUCUGAAGUUGUAUUGUAAUCAGACUCAGUGGGGUCGAGAUGAGUCUGCUGGCGACCCCUGCGACAAAUCCUAUGCCGAGUUCUUGGGGUAUAGAUAGAAGUGGCACUUUGGAAGAGACGGAUUGGCGGGAUAGUCGCCGAAGUAAGCUUGCACGCAACCACGAGUACAGAUAGAAGUACAGAAAGUUAGACAACAUCGUCGAGGCCGUGUCUGACGCUAGCCCGUCGUACAAGGCGGAGACGCCAUAUCUCUCGACCGUGUAGUGAAGGACAGCAAGAGCACCACGAAUUCCUUGCAGUCUUUUAGACUUUGUGGUUUGUAGUCGCGUUGUGACAAGGUCGAGUGGGUACGAGACCGCAUUGGCAGUUGCACUACCCACAGCUCCCGAAAAUGCCUGGACCAGUGGCGGAAGAGAGCUCGUCAUCGUUGACAACAAUGUCCAGAGGCCCUAGAUGUUGUGAUGGUCACAGUUAACGGAGUCGAAUAAAUGCUGAUCGAGG